GCUUAGACGAGUUGUGUUUGCAGCCACUGUGGCCAGCUCUUUGCAUAUAACUAACAAAUAUAUUGCAAGCUGUAAUUAAGCGCGGCCAGUCGACACUUGAAACGCGUUCUAACUACAAAAGAAUAAAAAAUUUAUAAACUAACGAGCGCAAAAAUUUAAAAAUAACAAUAGCUUAAACGUUUUUCGUAAAUGCCGGUCACGAUCUUGACAUAAAGUUUAUCAAGUGCAGCAGCUCGAAGUUAAAGUGGUUCGUUGCAACUUUAGCAUUUUGCAUGUGGCACUCAAGCGUGCCACAACGUUUCAGUUUCACUUUGUGCCACACUGAACUCUUCGCUAUGUGCGGGCGUUAUCUGCAACUGCUGCUAAGCAGCGCUUUGUUGGCCCAGUUAACGAAUGCCGCUCAAAUACUUGGCCUCUUUGCGCAUCCCGGUAAAUCGCAUUUCGACUUCUUUCGACCCAUGCUGCUGGAGCUGGCGGGGCGGGGUCAUAAUGUCAGUGUCUACAGCUACUUUCCGCUCAAGCAUCCCGUGGAGAAUUACACGGACUAUGUGCUGGAGGGAAUGCCGCUGUUAACUGAUUUUGUGGAUCUACAGGCCAUCGAAACUGAUGCUGAGCUGCUGGGGCAAGCCUAUAAAGUGCCCACAUUCUUUAUGCUGCACGAUUGGGGACUGCGCUCCUGUCAAGUGGCAUUGAACUCGCCACUCAUAUCCCAACUUCUAAGCUCCGCUCAACGUUUUGAUGUCAUACUCUUGGAGCAUUUUAGCAACGAUUGCAUGGCAGCUGUGGCGCAUCUACUCCAAGCUCCGAUGAUUGCUUUGAGCAGCUGCGCCAUUAUGCCUUGGCACUAUAAACGCAUGGGCACACCCUUUAUUAACACCAUAAUGCCGAUGAAUUUUCUGCCCUACAACGAUGAGAUGCACUUUGCAGCGCGCUUGAACAACUUUUUGCAUUUUCAUGUCAUCAAUGCGCUUUACAAUUUUAUUACACAACCGGCUACAGACGCUUUGAUAAGUCAACGCUUUGGCUCGGGCCUGCCGCCUAUUAAUGAGAUUGUUAAGAAUACAAGUUUAAUGCUUAUCAAUCAGUAUUAUGCACUAACGGGACCCAGACCUUACACUAGCAAUGUCGUUGAGGUAGGCGGACUACAAGUGGGGGCUAGUCAACCGUUGCCAGAGCACCUCGCUCGUCUCUUUGAAGCUGCCACAUUGGGCGUCAUUUACAUUAGCUGGGGAUCCAUGGUCAAUCCGAGCAGUUUACCCCAGCCCCAGCUACAAGCACUCUACGCCACCAUCGCCCAAUUUCCCGACUAUACCUUUGUGCUGCGUUGGAAUAAGCCCGCUGCUCUGCAAAAUAAACCCAAAAAUCUUUACACCUACGAGUGGCUACCCCAACGCGAUCUCUUGUGCCAUCCACGCGUCAAGGCCUUCAUUACACAUGGCGGUCUGCUGGGCAGCACCGAAGCUGUGCACUGCGCAGUGCCCAUGCUAGUGACGCCCUUCUACGGCGAUCAGUUUCUCAAUGCGGCUGCCAUUGUGCAGCGUCGCUUUGGCCUCAUUGUUGGCUUUAAGAACUUCAAUGAGCCGCAGCUUACUGAAGCUUUGACUGCUAUACUGCAACCAAGCUUUGCUGCUGCAAUGAAACAAUCGACAAUUGCAUUUCGUUCACGCCCCCAGCCCCCGCUGGAUUUGGCUGUUUGGUGGAUUGAGCAUGUGAUUGCCACGCGAGGCGCAGUCUUAUCGCAAAGUGUGGCUCGACAUAUCAAUUGGUUUGUCUAUAACUCGAUCGAUGUAUAUGUAUGCUGUCUGGGAUUUGUAUUUCUAUCGCUGCUGAGUGUCUGGAAGAUUAUUAAAUAUAUAAAGUGCAACUGGAAGCAACACAAAAACAAAGCAAAACAACAAUAAAACAUGA